AUUCCUUUACGCGUUUCGUAUCUCUCACCGAAGGAAGCUUCGUCUCUUCUAUAUAAAAAUAAUCUCGAUUUUUCAACUCCGAUCAAAGGUUUUGCUAAUUCGUCGCCUUAAUUUCGUUCAAGCUUCUACAAAAGUCCCAGAUUUGUUCACCUUUUUCGGUAUUGAAUCAUGAUGAAUUCAAUCUUCGGAAAGCGAAAAACUCCCGCAGGUUCUUAUCCUCCUUUCUCUCGAUUUCGUCUCUUGUCGGAUCUGUGUUGCUUAUUGAGUUUGUAAUUAGUGAAAUAUUCGAUGAUCGCAAGUUUUGAUCUUGUAAUUUUUAUACUUGAUUUGAAAUUAGAUCAAUUUAGGUUUGAUUCUGAGGAAUAUGAUCUCUUCGUUGAUUAUGAGUUCAUUAGGUUACAUGUUGUUCAAUUGUUUUUGUAGGUUAUAUGUGGUUUUGAAUCAUGUAUAGCUCAGUAACUUCUGCGGGAGAACAAGCGGAUGCUGGAUAAGUCUAUCAGAGAGAUAGAGAGGGAGAGACAAGGCCUACAAACACAAGAAAAGAAACUCAUUAACGAGAUUAAAAAGACCGCAAAGCAAGGCCAAAUGGGAGCUGUUAAAGUGAUGGCAAAGGAUCUUAUAAGAACGCGGCACCAGAUUGAGAAGUUUUACAAGCUUAAAUCUCAACUUCAAGGUGUAUCUCUCAGGAUCCAGACUCUGAAAUCUACACAAGCGAUGGGUGAGGCGAUGAAAGGUGUGACUAAAGCAAUGGGGCAAAUGAACAGGCAGAUGAACCUUCCAUCUCUGCAGAAAAUCAUGCAAGAAUUUGAGAGGCAGAACGAGAAAAUGGAGAUGGUGUCUGAGGUUAUGGGAGAUGCUAUUGAUGAUGCUUUGGAAGGAGAUGAGGAAGAAGAAGAGACUGAAGAUCUUGUUAGCCAAGUCCUUGACGAGAUCGGUAUCGACAUCAACCAAGAGCUGGUGAAUGCUCCAUCUGGUGCGGUCGCAGUACCCGCAGCAAAGAACAAGGUGGUACAAGCUGAGGCGACCGGAGCUGAGGACAGUGGAGGUAUAGAUAGUGACCUUCAAGCAAGGUUGGAUAACCUUAGAAAAAUGUGAAGCCUUUCCUGUUUCUGUAUCAUAAUAUUACUGAGGCUGAUCACUUUUCAAUUUCAAAGGCAAAUGUUGCAAACGAUGUGUUAACGUUUUGGGGGUGGGUUUGUAAUAAAUUCAUAAUUUGAGCCCUAUAUUAUAAAACUGAUUAUUGUUCAAACACUUUGUAUAUAAACCAAUUUAAGGGUCUGAGAGAUUUGA